UGAAAGAAAUGAUAUCUUACGAGAAGCUGAAAUACUACAUAAAGCUAGAUUUAGUUACAUUCUUCCAAUUUUGGGAAUUUGCAAUGAGCCUGAAUUUUUGGGCAUAGUUACUGAAUACAUGCCAAAUGGAUCAUUAAAUGAACUUCUACAUAGAAAAACUGAAUAUCCUGAUCUUGCGUGGCCAUUGAGAUUCCGCAUCCUGCAUGAAAUUGCUCUUGGUGUAAAUUACCUGCACAAUAUGAACCCUCCUCUACUUCAUCAUGACUUAAAGACUCAGAACAUCUUGUUGGAUAAUGAAUUUCAUGUUAAGAUUGCAGAUUUUGGUUUAUCAAAAUGGCGCAUGAUGUCACUCUCUCAAUCACGAAACAGCAAAUCUGCCCCCGAAGGAGGAACGAUCAUCUAUAUGCCACCCGAGAACUAUGAACCUGGACAGAAAUCCAGAGCCAGUGUGAAGCAUGAUAUAUACAGCUAUGCAAUUAUCAUGUGGGAAGUGUUAUCAAGAAAACAGCCUUUUGAAGAGGUCACCAAUCCUUUGCAGAUCAUGUAUAGUGUGUCGCAGGGACAUCGGCCUGACACCAGUGAGGAGAAUUUGCCAUUUGAUAUACCUCAUCGAGGUCUCAUGAUCUCCCUGAUACAAAGUGGGUGGGCACAAAACCCGGAUGAAAGACCAUCUUUCUUGAAAUGCUUAAUAGAACUUGAACCGGUUCUGAGAACAUUUGAAGACAUAACUUUUCUUGAAGCUGUUAUUCAGCUAAAAAAAACAAAGAUUCAGAGUGCAUCCAGUACUAUUCACUUAUGUGAUAAGAAAGUGGAUUUAUCAAUGAACAUACCUACAAGCCAUCCUCCACAAGAGGAAUCAUGUGGCUCCUCUCUGCUAUCCAGAAAUACCGGUUCUCCUGGAACCUCCAGGUCCCUGUCAGCUCCUCAAGACAAAGAUUUUUUAUCUGGAGGACCUCAAGAUGGCUCUUCAUCGAAGCUGCAUCACUGUUCUGGAAAUCACAGCUGGGAUGGUGCCCUUUCCGAAUCACACAGGACAGCCCUCUGUGAUCACAGACCCACCCUGUGCUCUUUGGCUAUAAUAAAUCCACUCUUCGUUUCGAAAAGUUCAGAGCGCCUGCAACCUGGAAUAGCCCAGCAGUGGAUCCAGAGCAAGAGAGAGGACAUUGUGAGCCAGAUGACUGAAGCCUGCCUUAACCAAUCGCUGGAUGCCCUUCUGUCCCGGGACUUGAUCAUGAAGGAGGACUAUGAACUCAUUAGCACCAAACCAACAAGGACCUCAAAAGUCAGACAGUUACUAGACACCACUGACAUCCAAGGAGAAGAAUUUGCCAAAGUUAUAGUACAGAAGUUGAAAGAUAACAAGCAAAUGGGACUUCAGCCUUACCCGGAAAUGCCUGUGGUUUCCAGAACACCAUCUUCAAAUUUCCAUCAAAAUAAAAGCUUAUAAGUGAGUCUUUUCUGAGAGGAAAGUCAGUUUACAAAUGGUUAUUUAUAUGUCUGUUACCUGGAUAAUAUUUGUAUAAAAACAUGAGUAUUAGUUGCUUCCCUGAAGGUUUUUUGGAUGAGAUAAGUAUGUCUCCUUCCAUGGCAUUGCAGUAUUUUUUUUUAAAUUAAUAUAAGUAAAACUUUUGCAUUAUGCUGUGUAGUUCAGUUUUUUAUGUCAGUUUCAUUACUUGAACCUUUUUAUGUAAUAAUUACAUUUUUCUUGAAUAUACCAGUGCCUUAAGGUAGCCUUUGUUUCUGAUGGAAGACAUUUCCAAACUCACUUUAUCUGCGGAGCUUCAUUAUUCCUCUAAAAUGAAAUUUGACAUUACAUAGCAGUGAUACAGUAGUCCCACCCUGAAAUUCCGAGUUCAGAUCCCCAGUGAGUUACUCAUUUUUAAAUUUUAUUCACAAACUGUUAGGAGGUUAUUUCCAGGUGCACAAGGUGUAUAAAGAAGAAAAGAGCAAUCUCUUGUUAACACUGGCCGUCUAUCCACCUCUCCUCUUUGAGCAGAGUGAACAACCACUGUGCCCCUGAUGGCCUGCUUCCUGCUCCUGUCUAGAACAUAUGCUGACUGGGUAGAGGCCCUUCCUUACUUAGAGUGGCUGGUUUCUCUGUAACUCAGCAUGGUUUCCGUACUGAGGCGUGCUGCAGGUUCAGCUUCCUCCUCAUCGUGCACAUCUGGUCAGUUAGCACACAGUAGCCAAGCUGCUCUAUUUUUUUUUUUUUUCUAAGCUGUUCACACCAACUUCACUACAAACAAUAAAGAUACAAUGCAA